CAACCAAAACUUGCUUUGUUAUUUCUCUUCCUCAAUCACUACGUCUAGCCUAUCAUUCCCUUCCCAAUUCCCACGCCAUGGCCUUAACCCUAACCAAGCUCCUUCUCUUCUCAUUCCUUGUUUCUUCCACCGUACUCACCGCGAAAUCCAAACUCCUAACCUCCAAGCGUGAGAAGCUCACUCGCUUCCUCGUCUACGUGCACGACCAAAAUGCCGGGAGCAACGCCACCACUGUAAACGUAGCUCAGGCGUCGACGACCAAUCAAUCCGCCACGUCAUUUGGUCUAGUAGGGAUUUUCGACGAUGCGUUGACUAUGGGCCCUGAGAUGAGCUCGAAGAACUUGGGUAGGCUCCAGGGCAUGGUGGCAUUUGCAUCCCGAACGGAGGUGGCUGUGUUGAUGUCCAUGAACUUCGUGUUCACGAAGGGAAAGUACAACGGGAGCAGUUUGACCGUUGUGGGAAGGAACUUGUUGUUCUCGAAGGUGAGGGAAAUGCCAAUCGUGGGUGGAACUGGUCUAUUCCGGUUGGCCCGUGGUUAUGUUCAGACCAGCACUUACUUGUUCGACCCGAACACUGGACUCCUCGUUCUUGUGUAUGAUUUCUCUGUGUACCACUAUUGAUGGUUUCGCUAGGUUAAGCUUGGCAGUUGUCUUUGUUUGAAUCAAUAACAAUAAAAACAUAAUUAAACUCUCAGGGAGAGAGCAUGAAAAGGUUUCAUGAGAAGUUUGGAAGAGUUUCUUAUAA